AGCCCGGAGCCGCCCAGGAAUCUUGGCUCCGGCUGCGAGCAUUUCCUGCGGGCGGGCCGACGCGGGCCCGGGGGCGCGGCGGCGGGCAGACUCCGCGCUGCGCUCGGCCAGCCGGCAGCAUGCGGCCCCUGCUCUGCGCGCUGGCCGGGCUCGCCCUGCUCCGCGCCGCCGCUGCUGAACCCUUCAUGCCUUCCCAUGGAGACCCAGCUUGGAACACAGGGUGUGACAGACACAUGGCUAUCCACGGCCGUUUAGACGUCAUAGAGGAGACGGUGGAGAAGACCGUGGAACACCUGGAGGCAGAAGUGAAAGGCUUGCUGGGUCAGCUGGAGGAGCUGGCCUGGAACCUGCCCCCGGGGUCUUUCAGCCCCACGACCCCCGACCUCCUCGGAGACGAUGGCUUUGGAGCACCGGAGCCAGAGCUGCCCGGCAACUGGAAAUGACACGCCCGUGGUGCAGCUUCUCUGGGCACAGAGUGGCACAUGGUGGCCUGCCUUCCUCAGCUGUGUGCACAAUAAAAGCUACUCCCUUGGG